AUUCUCUCUCUUCCCACCCCCAUUGUUACACACACACUAAUCUCUUUCUCUCUCUUUCUUAAGAUGAUAACACAAUGAUGUUGUUUUGUGGUGUGUAUUCUGUCGUACAUUCAAUUCGCCCGGUGCAACUUUUAGCAGUAGUAGAUACUUUAUUUUUUAGUGAUCCUUCAAAGUUCGAACAAGUAAUCUGGCCCCCUUCACCCCCUUUACUAGAAAAACAUAUAAACUCUUCGUGAAAGAGAUCGAUAAAUGUAAAAAAAAAAACAGAGAGAGUAAAUGGAAGGCGAGGAAGAUAUAAUUGGUUGGUUCGAGCAAGUUUCUUCAGAAGCAGCCCUGGCUCAAUCCCGCACUCUCCGUAAGAUUCUCCAACAGAAUUAUGGUGUAGAGUACUUAAAAAAAUGGGUUGGAGAUGUCAAUAUCCAUGAAAUUCCUGAUGACUUCACAUUACACUCUAUCUUCACUUCCUCUAUCCCCCUCUCUUCCCACGCCCAUUUCGAGCCCUUCCUUCAACGAAUCGCAGAUGGCGACUCUUCUCCUUUGCUCACUCAACAACCCAUCACCACUCUUUCUCUCAGUUCUGGCACUACUGAAGGCAGACAAAAGUACGUUCCCUUUACUCCCCAUAGUGCUCAGACUACUCUUCUCAUUUUUCGCUUAGCUGCUGCUUAUAGAUCCAGGGUUUAUCCCAUAAGGGAUGGAGGGAAGAUCCUAGAAUUCAUUUACAGUAGCAAACAAACGAAAACGAAAGGAGGCAUAACAACAGGAACAGCCACAACACAUUAUUAUGCAAGUGAGGAAUUCAAAAUCAAGCAACUCAAAACCAAAUCCUUUACGUGUAGUCCACAAGAAGUGAUUACGGGAUGUGACUAUAAACAAUCAACAUACUGUCAUCUCCUAUUAGGCCUAUUGUAUUCGGAGGAAGUGGAAUUCGUGACAUCAACUUUCGCCUACACAAUAGUACAAGCAUUUAACCAAUUGGAAGAGAGUUGGGAGGAAAUGAUUCAUGAUCUUUCACAUGCUACACUGUCUUCAAGAAUCGAUAUUCCCGAAAUCCGUAAAGCUGUUUUGAAGGUGAUGAGUCCGAAGCCGGAGUUGGGGUGGAAGAUAAGGAGGGUUUGUGAAGAGUUAAUGAAGGAGGGUUGGUUGGGUUUGAUACCAAAGUUAUGGCCUAACUGUAAAUAUGUUUAUUCCAUAAUGACGGGUUCGAUGCAGCCGUAUUUGAAGAAAUUGAGACAUUAUGGUGGAGGAUUACCUUUGGUUAGUGGUGAUUAUGGAUCAACGGAGAGUUGGAUUGGUGUUAAUGUGGACCCAUAUUUACCACCUGAAAAUGUUACUUUUGCAGUAAUUCCAACCUUCUCUUAUUUUGAAUUCAUACCGCUUUUUAAACAACAUGCUACCACUUCUUCCGCCGAUACUGCUAUUCAUGAUUUCUUGGAAGGCCAACCCAUUGCUUUGUCUGAAGUCAAGAUUGGACAACAGUAUGAGCUUGUUCUUACUACUUUUACAGGACUAUAUAGAUGCAGAUUAGGAGAUGUAGUAGAAGUAGCUGGCUUUCACAACAAAACCCCGAAACUAAACUUUAUAUGCAGAAGAAAGCUUGUAUUAACCGUAAACAUAGACAAAAACACUGAGAAAGACGUUCAAUUGGCUGUUGAAAGAGGCUCCCAAUUAAUGAGCCAGCUAAGUGGAGCCGAACUAGUUGACUUCACCAGCUAUGCUGAGUUGUCGAACCAACCAGGCCACUACGUCAUCUUCUGGGAAUUAAAAGGAGAUGUAAAUGACAAAGUUCUGGGAAUGUGUUGCUCAGAAAUGGAUGCUGCUUUUGUUGACUAUGGCUACGUGGUUUCAAGAAAGGCUAAUUCCAUUGGACCGCUUGAGCUUCGAAUUGUGGAAAGAGGGAGUUUUAAUAAGAUUUUGGAACAUUAUAUUGGAAAUGGAGCUGCACUUAGCCAAUUUAAGACCCCAAGAUGCACUACCAAUCACUUUCUUCUUAACAUUCUCAAUCUAUCUACCCUCAAAUCCUUUUUCAGCACUGCUUACGCCUGAGGUCUUUUUUUUUUCUUUUUUCUUUUUUUCAUGUUCGUUUUGUUGUAGUAUUUCUCAAUUUUGAAUCAGUUUCGGUUCUGAGAUUCUUUUAGAUUCCAUAUUUCACUCUAACCAAAUUGGUUUGAAUGUUGUUUCAAUAAAAAUGAAUUACUUCUACUUAUUAGCAUCAA